CGGCUCUCCCAGGCGCGGAGGGGCUCGGCGAGCCCGCGGAAGCGCUGGGGCCGGCGGCUGCUUUCCGCUGCUCCCUUGAGGCGCCGGGCUCCGGAGACCCGAGGACGGGCUCUGGUGGCUUGAAGGGGUGUCGGGGGGCGCUGCCCGUCGGGGAGGCGGAGGCUCCGGGCGGGGGGAGCUUCAGGGCCGGGGGCCGUGUUGUUCGUUCCCCCUCGGCUCCCGGUCUUGGCCGCCUCCCCCGGUGCGGGGCUGCCUCUGCCGUCCCCCAGCUGGCCCCGCCUCGGGCCUCGGCGCUGGAACCAAACGCACCGGGGAGCGAGAGGGGCCUUUAAGGAGAAGCACGGUUACAGAAGUGGUAGUGAGGUCAUCUAAAAUUCCAAGUGCCUCUUUCCCAGGAUCCUCCUCCUUCUGUCCCUGAAACAGUGAGUGCAUAGUGACAAAAAUGUCUCUCCUGUAGGAAUCUAUGCUUAAACUGGUUUCUGUUGUAAGUUUACCAAAAGAUUAAGAAGAUGCCUCCAAGACCAUCAUCUGGUGAACUAUGGGGCAUCCAUUUGAUGCCACCAAGGAUCCUUGUAGAGUGUCUUCUACCUAAUGGAAUGAUAGUGACUCUAGAAUGCCUCCGUGAGGCCACACUACUGACUAUCAAGCAUGAACUCUUUAAAGAAGCAAGAAAAUACCCUCUUUAUCAGCUCCUUCAAGAUGAAUCUUCUUACAUUUUCGUAAGUGUUACACAAGAAGCAGAAAGAGAAGAAUUUUUUGAUGAAACACGACGACUUUGUGACCUGCGGCUCUUUCAGCCUUUUUUAAAAGUAAUUGAACCAGUAGGCAACAGAGAAGAAAAGAUUCUUAAUCGGGAAAUUGGUUUUGCCAUUGGCAUGCCUGUCUGUGAAUUUGAUAUGGUUAAGGAUCCAGAAGUACAGGACUUCAGAAGAAAUAUUCUUAAUGUUUGUAAAGAAGCAGUGGAUCUUCGAGAUGUGAAUGCACCCCAUAGUAGAGCAUUGUAUGUCUGUCCGCCAAAUGUUGAAUCUUCACCUGAACUGCCCAAGCACAUAUACAGUAAACUAGAUAAAGGGCAAAUAAUAGUGGUGAUAUGGGUAAUAGUGUCCCCGAACAAUGACAAGCAGAAAUAUACCUUAAAAAUCAACCAUGACUGUGUUCCUGAGCAAGUUAUUGCUGAAGCAAUCAGGAAAAAAACACGAAGUAUGUUGCUGUCAUCUGAACAACUAAAACUCUGCGUUUUAGAAUACCAGGGCAAGUAUAUUUUAAAAGUGUGCGGCUGUGAUGAAUACUUGCUAGAAAAAUAUCCUCUGAGCCAGUAUAAGUACAUAAGAAGUUGUAUAAUGCUUGGUCGAAUGCCCAACCUGAUGCUGAUGGCUAAGGAAAGCCUUUAUACUCAGCUGCCACUGGAUACCUUUACAAUGCCAUCUUAUUCCAGGCGGAUCUCUACAGCUACACCAUACAUGAAUGGCGAAGCUUCAGCCAAAUCUCUCUGGGUCAUAAACAGUGCUCUCAGGAUAAGAAUUCUUUGUGCCACCUAUGUAAAUGUAAACAUUCGAGACAUUGACAAGAUCUAUGUCCGAACUGGUAUCUACCAUGGAGGAGAACCAUUAUGUGACAAUGUGAAUACUCAAAGGGUACCUUGUUCCAAUCCCAGAUGGAAUGAAUGGCUGUCAUAUGACAUGUACAUUCCUGAUCUCCCACGUGCUGCUCGGCUUUGCCUUUCCAUCUGCUCUGUUAAGGGAAGAAAGGGGGCUAAGGAGGAACACUGCCCAUUGGCUUGGGGAAAUAUAAACAUGUUUGAUUAUACAGACACUCUUGUGUCUGGGAAAAUGGCUUUGAAUCUGUGGCCUGUGCCUCAUGGGCUGGAAGAUCUGCUAAAUCCUAUUGGCGUUACUGGGUCAAAUCCAAAUAAGGAAACUCCAUGUUUAGAGCUGGAAUUUGAUUGGUUUAGCAGCCCUGUAAAGUUUCCAGACAUGACAGUGAUUGAAGAACAUGCCAAUUGGACUAUAUCUCGAGAACUAGGGUUUAACUACAGCCAUGCGGGGCUGAGUAACAGGCUAGCUAGAGAUAAUGAAUUAAGAGAAAGUGACAAAGAGCAACUCCGUGCAAUUUGUACACGAGACCCUCUGUCUGAAAUUACUGAGCAAGAGAAGGACUUCCUUUGGAGCCACAGACACUAUUGUGUAAAUACCCCAGAAAUUCUACCAAAACUACUUUUGUCUGUUAAAUGGAACUCUAGAGAUGAAGUAGCCCAGAUGUACUGCUUGGUAAAAGACUGGCCUCCAAUCAAGCCAGAACAGGCAAUGGAGCUUUUGGACUGUAAUUACCCUGACCCAAUGGUGCGAGCGUUCGCAGUUCGCUGUCUGGAGAAGUAUCUGACAGAUGAUAAACUGUCUCAGUACUUAAUCCAGCUAGUACAGGUUCUGAAAUAUGAGCAAUAUUUGGAUAAUCUGCUGGUGAGAUUUUUACUCAAGAAGGCACUGACCAAUCAAAGGAUAGGACACUUUUUCUUUUGGCACUUAAAGUCUGAAAUGCACAAUAAAAAUGUAAGCCAGAGAUUUGGUUUACUUUUGGAGUCCUACUGUCGAGCAUGUGGGAUGUACCUAAAACAUUUGAGCAGGCAGGUGGAGGCUAUGGAGAAACUGAUAAACCUCACAGAUAUUCUCAAGCAGGAGAAGAAGGAUGAGACACAAAAGGUACAGAUGAAGUUUCUUGUUGAACAAAUGAGGCGGCCAGAUUUCAUGGAUGCUUUACAAGGCUUUAUUUCUCCUCUUAACCCUGCUCAUCAGCUGGGAAAUCUCAGGCUUGAGGAGUGCAGGAUUAUGUCCUCUGCAAAAAGGCCACUGUGGUUGAACUGGGAAAACCCAGAUAUUAUGUCUGAACUGCUGUUUCAAAACAAUGAGAUCAUCUUUAAAAAUGGAGAUGAUUUACGUCAGGAUAUGCUGACACUUCAGAUCAUUCGAAUUAUGGAAAACAUCUGGCAAAAUCAGGGUCUUGAUCUUCGGAUGUUGCCUUAUGGCUGUUUGUCUAUUGGUGAUUGUGUGGGACUUAUUGAGGUGGUUAGAAGCUCUCACACAAUUAUGCAGAUUCAGUGUAAAGGUGGCCUAAAGGGCGCAUUGCAGUUCAACAGCCACACAUUACAUCAGUGGCUCAAGGACAAAAACAAAGGAGAAAUGUAUGAUGCAGCUAUUGAUUUAUUUACACGCUCUUGCGCUGGCUAUUGUGUUGCUACUUUCAUACUGGGAAUUGGUGAUCGUCACAAUAGUAACAUCAUGGUGAAAGAUGACGGACAACUGUUUCACAUUGAUUUUGGACACUUCCUGGAUCACAAGAAGAAAAAAUUUGGUUACAAACGAGAGCGUGUGCCAUUUGUCUUAACGCAAGAUUUCUUAAUAGUGAUUAGUAAAGGAGCCCAGGAAUGUACCAAAACAAGGGAAUUUGAAAGGUUUCAGGAGAUGUGUUAUAAGGCUUACUUAGCAAUUCGGCAGCAUGCCAAUCUCUUCAUAAAUCUCUUCUCCAUGAUGCUUGGCUCAGGAAUGCCAGAAUUGCAAUCUUUUGAUGAUAUUGCAUACAUUCGAAAGACACUUGCACUGGACAAAAGUGAACAAGAAGCUCUAGAAUAUUUCAUGAAACAGAUGAAUGACGCUCAUCAUGGUGGCUGGACAACGAAAAUGGACUGGAUCUUCCACACAAUAAAGCAGCAUGCCUUGAACUGAAAAGAAAGUGAAGAAUU